CGUGAAAAGGUUGUCGCGUUGACGACGUGUUAGAAUUCACUUAUUUUUGACCUCGUUGGCGUUCCAUAGUUGGACUAUAGGCUAAAUGCACGUGUAAAGGACGUCACUUAGUGGACGUCCACUUACAACUGAUUCACAACAUGGUAUAUGUUGAAGUACACGUAGCUAAAAGUAAAAAUAACAAUUAUACAUGCAACCCCACAGAACUGUUGACAUGUUCAAAUGUAUCUGAAUGCAUUUUUAGGAAAUGUUCUGUGUAACAUCUUUUUACCGAUUUAUGCCGUCCUACCGCGACUAUUUUUGGCCAGGGACACAACGUUGCCGUCGGACCAAUGUUUGCUGGGAUGAAUCUAUAACAAAUACUCUAGUUCAAUAUUAGGGGAAAAGUCGCCCUGACGACGUACAUAGUUCAGACGUCUUUAGAUAGUGAAGACGUCUGUUUCACACGUUUGUAAGGCGACGUUCUUAGUUUAGACGUCUUUAGUAGGCGUAAAUUUGAUAGGAAUUCUAAACAUAGGCCGUCGCCACGUCGCCGCCGUAAAAUGUUUGUAUGCACUCGCCGCCUAGUCGCCGCUGGUCUCUCGUCUGCAAUCCCUAUUAAAUCAAUUCAAAAUUCAACACGGGGAGGGUAACCUGCUCCUCCUUCUCCUGGUUAUCCUUUGAAUGACACAAUCCACUCGCCAUACUGCACAGGCUACCUCCCUUCUAAAUAAGCACCUGUCUGCUCUUUUACAAGGUCGUCGUUCUGCGAACAGGGAAAAGGACAUAUUUACCCUUUUAAGGCGCAAAAUGAAGCGAUUUGUUUUCAUUGUUUGGCUUGCUGUGGAUUUUCCGCUUGUCCUUAAUUCCCCGACUCUUGGAUCUCAAAAUAAUCCCAGACUUCUGAGCAAAGAUAUAAUCAAUGAUGUAUUUGAAUACCAGGUCUGUCAGAACCACAGUGUUUUUUUCUAUCAUGAUGACUAUGAGGAGAUGUACGUUGGAGGCACUGAUUUUGUGUUGAAACUUGAUGUGGAUGACUAUCAUAUUAUAGAGACAUUUCCUCUGAAACCCCACUGCCAAGAGGGCCAAUGUGCUAAUGUCAUCACUGUGAUCGAGAAGUUUCAGGACAGCCUGUUUGUCUGUGGAACAAAUGGACACAAACCACAGUGUUGGAAGCUUUUUUCUUCAAUGAACAACCAGUCUAAUGAAAUAGUGGAGAGUUAUGAGGGGACUGGCAUCUCUCCGUUCGUGUACACACAUAACUCCAUAUGCCUCACAGUAGAGGGGGAUCUAUAUUCAGCAGCACCUUUGAAUGCUGAUGGAAGUUUGUUACAAUUCAGAAGGAAAGCUGGCAGCAGAACUAAUGUCUGGAUGUAUGACAACUGGGUCUCAGAGCCCACGUUCAUCUCUGCGUCCUGGGUGAAGCGUAGGGAAGACCCUGACAACGAGAAAAUCUACAUCUUUUUCCGUGAAAAGAACUCUGAUCACAACCGGGAGGCUGACCCCUGGAUAUCGAGGGUUGCCAGAGUUUGUAAGGUAGAUGAAGGCGGAUCAAAAAGAUUCUUCCAAAACAUUUGGACAUCUUUCCUCAAAGCGCGGCUUGUCUGUGGGUUUCCAGAGGAGUCGCUGUAUUUCAACCGACUCCAAGACAUUUAUGUGAUGCACGCUGAGGACUGGCAUGAGACAAGAGUCUAUGCCCUUUUCACAAGCAGCUGGAACUCCACAGCAGUGUGCAUCUAUUCAAUUGGAAUGAUUGAAGAAAUAUUUGAGAACUCAACUUUCAAGGGCUACAACGAAGUCAUUCCCAAACCAAGGCCAGGAACGUGUGUAAAAAACAGCAGGACCCUGCCACUGGCCACUGUCAAUAUGGUGAAGGAUUACCCAGAGAUGACUGACUGGGUUCACUCUGUGCAUUAUAGAGCUCCAUUUUAUAUAAGCAGCCACAACUACACCAAGAUAGCUGUGGACCGAGUCCAGGCAGCAGACCAGCGCAUGUAUAACAUUCUGCUUCUGGCUACUGAUUCUGGAAAGAUCCAUAAAGUCUUAGAGGCUGGGUCAGAACCUUUUAUCAUCUCUGAAACGCAACUCUCCAGCCGUUCAGCCAUACAAUCAAUGAAGUUGGACUCCAAAAAGAAAAGACUAGUGGUGGGUUUUUCGGAGAAGAUUUCUAUCAUGGAUCUCCAGAAAUGUCAGGAGAAUAAGUCCUGUGCAGAUUGUGUUCUGGCCCGGGACCCGUACUGUGCCUGGACGCCGUUUGGAUGUACCCCAACUGUCCCUGGGGGCAUUCAAAAUAUCAUUUAUGGGAACAGAACUGUGUGUCCUACAUCAGUAGAAGAACAAAAACAAGUAAACCGGACCAAACGGGAGACAGCUCCACCAUCAACGGUGGAAUUGAGGACAGCUCACUCUGUCCCGCUGGGUGUCUCUUUCUAUCUGUCCUGUCCUAUAGACUCUUACCACGCUGUUUACACCUGGGAGCAUGGAGGCCAGAGCAGCCCUUGUCUACAAAUGCAGUUUAACUGCCUGCACCUCAUCCCCAACAUGGCACAAGAGAACUAUGGCAGCUACAAGUGUAUUUCCAAAGAGAAAGACUACACUAAAGUGGUGAAAACGUAUCAGCUUACAGAGCAGAUGAUCCCAGAUAUAAAUGAAAAAAACUGACAGAAGCAAUUCCAUUGUCAGAACAACUGAUGCAUCAGCUGUGGUGCAGCAGAAAGCAUGGAUCACCCUUGGACUGGCUGUAACAGUGUUGGGGAUUUUCAGAUAGGUGCAUCCGCAAAAAUGACUAUUUAAACGUUAAACUCCUUUCUCUUUGAAAAGCUUUUCUGCUGUUCCAGAUCUCAUGUUUGAAAAUCUAACAUCAAAAUCCCCAGACCCUUUGUCCUUGCCAUUGCUCUCAGGCCAGGACGCAGGAAGCAUUAAAGGAAAUCCAUUUUAACACCGGCAGGUCAGAACCUAACACCUUAUUUGUGCAAGCGGUCACACAGCUGUGUUUGGCAAAAAAAAAAAAAAAAAAAAAAUGUUUUCAAGUCAACAGGACAUUGCUGUAGCCAAGUUUCUUUUAAAAAGAAAAGCCAGAACACAAAGAGGUUGGUGUGAUGGAGGGAGAAAGCAGCACAACGAGUCAGCAGCAGAACACAGCUUGAUUGAUCUGAGGGGCCCAAUAGGUGUUUGUUGGGAUCAGCUGAUGAUCAGUAAAUUACUUCAGCAUCCUGCGUGAAUUACUGUAAUGUGUAAAUGUGUUUCAUUGAGUACUUGGAGUGAGUAAGGGGAAAAAGGGAAGGUGUAAGAAGGAAUCUGAAGGAAUUCCUUUUAGCUCAAUCCAAACCAAAGAAAACGUUUAAAAUGUUAUGAUGAUGAAUGCAAAAGCUUCAGGUCAGAGAGUACAGUACACAGUAAGUAGGUGUGAUGGAGUAGUAGUGCGUGAACAUUGAGGCCAGCUUUUUGAUCUGUGAUCUAUUAGAGUACAGAAAAAGGUAAAGUUCCUGUGUAAAUUCCCUCUGUGCCCCACUCAAGUGCACUGCUGACAGAUUAUUUGUUUGAGAUUGUUAUCAGAAGGGUGGAGGCAGCCAGGGACCCUGCCUGAAUUUCCCUGUUGAAAAGUAGCGAGCUUGUUUAAUUUUCACUUCAAUGUUGACAAAAAAGUAAAUUUGUUUGAAUAACACAACAUAUAUUUUUGCAUUGACAAAGAGAAACACAUCAAUAUUAGCUGCAGUGUGAGCAAUGGAGAUUAGUCCCACAUUCUACUUGAAGCAGAACAGAUUUGAGUUGGUUGUUGAAGGUGAUAGUUUUGCAUCUACUGAGUGUGCUCACUUGUGACAUUGAAGUUUUAUAUAAGCUACUUUUCCAGUCAGUUAUUUAUAUUAAAGUGAGAUAUGUAAUUUUUGUCAAACAGAAUAGCCACUGUUGCCACAAGUGAUAAUUACAACAGUACUACACCAGCAAGAGUAGAGAAAAGUCAGAGAACAGGCUUAGUAAUGGCCAUUAUGGAACAAUAUCUGGCUAAAUUCUGCUAACAUUAGCAACUAAAAGCUACCAAAAGGUCAGUUCAGACCUAGUAAGGCUGUAGCAGCAAAUCCCGCAUGUAUUGAAUUAAGCAGGGUUGUGUUUUAUUGCUUACGGAUUCAAUAUACUAAACAACAAUUACAACAAUUAUUCUUUAAAAUGUUUAAAAAACAACUAAGCUAAAUAUAUUUAUUAAGUUAAUAGUAUUUUGACAACAUAUUUUGUUUCAUACUGGAGAUUGUUAUACGUGCAAGCAACAUUGUGUCCUUAUAAUUUCUAAAAAAGUAAUUUUGUAUGAUGAUUAUUUGAAAUUGCUCACUAAAAAUGUACAGUAAGUGCAUAAGAUUGAUUUCCUGCUCAUUCAAAUUAAAAAGAAUGGAAAAAGAAGGAGUCGUAGUCACGUCUCUCUUCGAUCCACUCAUAAGUGGUUUCAAGAAGGUAGUUUAUUCGUCCUUAGUAGGUCAUGCCUUCAUCAGACAUGGCACUCAGUAAACCAUGUGCAGACUGAUCAGAGGACAGGCAACAACUAAAGAUCUUUAGCUUAAUCUGUCUUAUUCCUGGAUCUAAAGUCUGAACCCUGCUAAUGACGACAAAGUGACUCUAUCUUGCUUAUACAAGGAAAGAAAAUUAAACACAACUACCCUGUGUCCCUCCAGCCAUCACUCCGCAACCACCCAUGUGGAAAUCCUGUAUUCAUGUCCAGAUAUUCUUUCAGAUGAAGUAGUUUAAAAGCUUCGUUAGAAUUAUCCUGCUGUUUAUAUUUCUGUCAUCUAAGAUGAACCUUACACAUCUACAUCACAGUCAAAUCUGAUAUUCACCUGACCUACUUUGCCACCGGACACAAAAAUAAUCUGGGAUUUUUUAAUGUUAGUAAGUUGAGAAAACAAAUCUGGAAGCACAGUCAUCUAGGCGUGCUAGCUCUCUGCUGUUAUGUUGGGUUGUCAUCCUCAGUUCAGGAAAACUGUUGUCUUUCCACACAACAGUGACUUCACAUAUGAAGUAAUAUAAAAUGUGUUGUACAAGGCUCCACCAAUACCAUCAAUGAUGUCACUUGUUUGCCAUUUUAGGUUAUAACACAGACAGUCAAGAAAGAGGCGGCUCUGUGUGAACUGUUGUUUUGUCGUAGCGGUGUAGGCAUAGGCCUAUUAUUAGACUACACCACAAGGCUGUUGUUUAGCACUUGCUAUUUGGAUAUUUCCUCACAGAGUUGAAGGGCCCAUAUUGCAUAUAGUACUCAUGCUCUGUAAAGUCCUAUUGAUAAAACUGAGGGGAUGGACACUCACUUAAAAUGUACCAUGAUGGUUUCUUUCUUGUGGCAUCUUCAAAGUGAAUGUAUAGGCUAUUCAGUAAGGUUUUCAGUAAUACUUUUGAGGCUCUGUUAUUGACAUGAAUGACUAGGCACUUUGACCAUGCAAUAAGAUAUGCAGAGUCAAUAACAGCGGCUUCACGCAGAGGCUCCGACUUGAGCCUUUUGGCACUUAUUCCUGGUAGGCGCGUUCAGUAAUCCACCCAUGAGUGUAGGGCUUAGCAUGACUAGAGAUGAUUCACCAACUGUACAUGUGUUUUGAUGUCAGUUCACUUAAGCCGGAGCUGACCGGCACCUACCUGACAGCUCAGAGCCUUCUGUGGUUACCUGACCUGUAGACUGUUGUUGGCUGCUGAGAAGGGUUACAGUUCAGGUGGACAUGUCAAACAUUUUGUCAUGAUAGGUCUGUGGUGUCUACAUGAGCCAUUGUUUGAGCCACCCUGUUUAAUUAAAUCCAGACCAUCUCUGCUCAAGCUGAAGCCUAUUUUUAAAGUGCCAACAUUUCUUAACUGUCUUAACUGCAGCUCUGAGUCUGGAUGGCGCCAAACUGCAGUCUAAACUGUGAGAUAUGGUGACCCUCUGGUCUCUGCUGUGCUCUGAUAUGAGCCCCAGUAGGCCUUGGUCCCCAGAUGAUUUGGACGACAGUUUACAGCUCCAUGUUUUUCCAGGAAAAGGAAAGUCUACUGAGAGGAAAUCAUGGAACAAAAACAAACAAGCAAGGAAACAGCAGUCAUGUUUCAUGGCUGGAUCCCCACCCUAUCCUGAGGAUUAAAAACAAACUGUACUACAUGUUCCAAUGAACAACAUAACACAGAAAAAAUGUUAUCUAAAACAUGAGUGAAUAUCUAUAUAAAUUGCAGGAACGUCUGUCUGUCUGUGUGUCUGUGUGUGUGUGUUAUGCGCAUAU